AUGCUCGCUUCUGACCCCCGUGCUGAAGUCGAAGACAUUGACGACGACGACGACGACGACGCGGCCCCGCAAUUGGUUCCCCUUGCACCCUCCAGCUUGGGUGAUGACCGCGGAGCAGGAGCUUCGGUUGAAGGGGAGGCCACCGGGAUCGACGCAAUCCAGGCCAACCGCAAUGGUCAGAGGCCUCCGGCUGACAAUGAGCCCGUCCCCGUGACGCUGGUGACAGGCUGGCUUGGGGCGGGGAAGACCACAUUGGUGAACUACAUCUUGACAAGCAAAGAGGUGUCGCGAGUCGCCGUCAUUGUCAAUGAGUUUGGAGACAGUGCGAGCAUUGAACACGCCUUGCUUCAAGGGCCAGAGGUGGGUUCAUCGAUUGCGUCGGCGUCCAUUGCGGCUGGAGCAUUGUCAAGCAGUUGUCCCCAUGAACAAAGUGUCCCACCGCACAUCAGAGCAACAAUCCACAGUACAGGGCUUCCCGAGAUCGCAAGCAUAGGCUCAACGGUUUUCAGUGUUGUUUGCAGCAUGAGACUACAGCAUUGGUGUAUUCCUGUAUGGAGGGGGCAUUUGAAGGGGUUCCGCUAUUCAGCCUUGGGCUGA